AGUCACUUGCUAGUCACUUGCUAGUAAAAAUGCCAUGUUCGCGUCAAUUGACUCUGCCAAAGGCUUAUACUAUGACUAGACUUCGGAGACAUACCUGAAAUUCGCACCUGUUCCAAGCGCCAGGUAGCCGUUUCCGCCAGAAAAUGUCCACCGCUGAACUCGCAUCUGGAACCGCUCGUUUGAGAAUUUUGUCAUUCGUGACUCUGUCGUUUACGUGGUUCUCGCCUCGCACGCACGCACCGGCCAAUCUCAGAACACGAAAUGGUAAGGUCACCACCAGGGGUCGACGGGACACGUCACGACUACUGUCGUAUCAAAAGACCGAGUUGCAUAUCAUACUUACCGCUGCUAUUUUCGGCAGGACACGUCGCGACUGCUGUCUGAAUCCUGUCUACAACAAUGAGCAUUAUCUUUCCGAUACGUAUAAAAGUAAAUCAUCUUCCUACCAUUUCACCCCAUCUCAAGCAGAUUAUUCGACCUCAGCAAACCAUACCACCUCGCACACACAAUGCAUUUCUCCUUGCUCACCGUUACCGUUGUGUUGGCAGGAUUUAUAAUGUCUGCCAAUGCAGCAGAGAAUCAAAAGUGUAUCGAGGGGAGCGGGAGUUACCGUGACAGCCCGCUCACUGAGUGCUGCAACGAAAGCGAUAAGCUCGUUAGGGAUGUGAGUAGGCGUAGUUUGCUUUGAAUCUAGUUUUCAACUGAUGACUCACCCUUCGUGCCUUGUUAUUUCAGGUGCUUGGUACAUACUGCAUAAGUCCCAAGAGAGGAGGACGA